GCCCACAGAGUGUUAACUUCAGCGGCUGAAUGUUGGACCGUUUUACGCGUGAAGAAGCCAUUUGUUGCCGGGACAGGACGCGGAUCUGAGCGAGGCGGAUGACCAGGAGACGUCCCUGUGCAAACUUUCUCCACCGGGUUUUAAAUCGCUCGUAGAAACCCUAAGAGAAAUCCAGUUUUUCUUUUGAACGGGGAGCAACAGAGGAGGACAUCAUGCCCCGGCGCACCGUGCAAGAAGUAACAGUGCAGGAUGUCCAGAAGCGGAGGAAUCCGAACAAACACUACGUCUACAUCAUCAAAGUGUUGUGGAGCGAUGGCAGCACUGAGAACAUUUUCAGACGCUACAGCAAGUUCUUUGACCUGCAGAUGGAGUUACUGGAUAAAUUCCCAGUGGAGGGAGGCCAGAAAGACCCCAAGCGCAGGAUCAUUCCAUUCCUACCAGGGAAGAUCCUGUUCAGAAGGAGUCAUAUCAGAGAUGUGGCCAUGAAGAGGCUAAGGCCCAUCAACGAGUACUGCACGGCCCUCAUCCAGCUGCCGGUCUACAUCUCCCAGUGUGAGGAGGUCCGAGUUUUCUUUGAGACCAGACCUGAAGACCUCAACCCACCCAAGGAGGAACCCAUUGGAAAGAAGAAAUCAGGGAUUGUGGAGAGAGCGACUACUUUCCUAAAGCGAGGAGAUUCCAGCUCAGCCGAUCCUCUAUUCCUCGACCAGUAUGUGGCAGCAACGGACUACGAGAAGCAGGAGAGCUCCGAGAUCAGCCUGCAUGCGGGUCAGACGGUGGAGGUCAUUGAGAAAAAUGAGUCUGGGUGGUGGUUCGUGAGCUCGGAGGACGCCCAGGGCUGGGUCCCUGCCACCUGCCUCGAGGCACAGGACGACCCUGAUGACUUCAGUAUGCCAGGAGAAGAAGAUGAGAAGUAUUCAGUGAUUUACCCGUACUCGGCCAGGGACGAGGAUGAGAUCGACCUGGAGAGAGGCAUGGUUGUCGAGAUGAUUCAGAAGAAUCUGGAGGGCUGGUGGAAGAUCAGGUACCAGGGUCGCGAGGGCUGGGCCCCAGCCUCCUACCUGAAGAAGACGGACAUUCAGAAGCAGUCAGCAGGGGGCGCUGCACACGCCAGCACCAACGACCUGGACGGGUUCUCCAAACAGGGCCAGCAGAACAACGCAGCUCGAGACAAAGAAAACCGGCUCUCCUUUUUCUCCGAGAACAAAAAAGUGGGAUCCAGACACAGACCUCCUCCUCGCAGAGAUCUCACCAUCCCACGUGGUGCAAAUCUACCCAAGCCACCCAUUCCUCCGGCGGUUGAGGAAGAGUUCUACACCAUAGCGGAUUUCCAGACCACUAUACCUGAUGGUAUUAGCUUCCAGGCCGGAGUUAAAGUUGAGGUGAUUGAGAAGAAUUCUAAUGGUUGGUGGUACAUCCAGAUAGAUGAAAAAGAGGGCUGGGCCCCUGCCAAUUUUAUCGACAAGUACAAGAAGACCAGCAAUGCCCUGAGACCCAACUUCCUUGCCCCUCUGCCCAACGAGAUGGAGAAGCUGAGGUUGGAAGAUGCUGGUAGUUCAAAUGCAUCAGGCACAGAUGACAGCUGGUCCAAGCCGUUACCAGAUGAGCCACCCACUGCCCCCGAGACCUGUGCCCGACCUAAACUCAGAGAGUGGAAGCCCUGUCCCGUCAAGGUGGGCCCGGCCUUCCCUGGGCAGUUGCCUCCAGCCCCAGCUGCCCCUCCGGUCGAGGAGAAACCAGCUCUCCCACCUCGAAGGGAGUCCAUUAACAAGAGCUUUGAAUUGGAGGUACCAGACAAACCAAGACCUGAUCAUUCCAAGCCUUUGCCCCCGAAGCCCCCGGCCCCUGGAGUCAUCCUGCCACUGGUACCGCCUAAGGCAGCCCCCUUCAAACUAGACAAACCACCAGAGAUCAAGAAAGAGGAUAAGAACAAAGUUCUCCACCUCCGGAACGAGAUGGGUCUUGAAUGCGGGCACAAGAUCUCUGCCAAAGAGGUGAAGAAGUUUAAUUUGAAACCUGUGCCGAAACAGCCUCCGAAACCCAAGCCCGAGGUGCAGGAGGAGAGACCAGAAGCACCUGGUCCGUCGGUGCUAAUGAAGCCCAAACCCGGGCUCCGACCUAAACCUGUCCCAGCAGCCAAGCCGGAUCCCCCAGCGGAGAAGAAACUAGACAUCACCAACCUGCGGAGCAAGCUGAGGCCGUCCAAACCUGCAGACCCGGGUUCUGCGUCGGCUGAGGCAAGCCAUCAGAAUGGCGCCGGAGCAGCAGCAGUUAACAGUUCCCACCCCAGAUCCCCCACGAGCUCGCCACCCACUCAUAUCCCUUCUCUCAACAACACUAAGUACUGUGACGAGCCAAAGGUCCCCCCAAAACACGUAAAUGGUCACAGCCACGAGAGCCCAUCACCCCCUGCAAAGCCAUUAGUGCCUCCCCACAAGGAAGCGCCUAAUAGACCCCCCGCCAUGGCUCCAAGAAGACCUCCUCCUCCAAAGAAGGGAGACCCAUCCAGUCCAACUGAGCUCAAACCUCCACCUUCUCUUCAAGAAAUCCAGGAUAUUCUCAAGGCCGGACUACCCCAACUCAGCAGGCCCCCUCCCCCGAAACCCAAAGGGUUUGUCCCGGUGCCUGCAAACAAGGAGAAGGAGGAGAACAAGGUUAAUAAAAUCCCAAUUCCUCCCAAGCCCCAGUUGAAGAGCGAGAAGCCUGGUCCGCCCAAGGACAAGCUCCCUCCUUUACUCAAGGAGCCCAGUAGGGACGAGCUGUAUCUGGCUGUGGCGGACUUUGAAGGGGACGAGCAAACAGCCAGCUUCAAAGUGGGCACAGUGUUCGAGGUGCGGGAAAAAAACACCAGCGGCUGGUGGUUCUGUAAAAAUGUCAGAGGAGAAGUCGAGGGCUGGAUCCCCUCGAAUUACCUGAGCAAGAAACCUUAGUGGGAACGUGCACUCACAACCACCGCCAUACAAAUCAAUACAUAAACCAAGGAUUUCCAUGAACAAAUUAUCACUAUUUUGUAGUUAAUUAGCAUUUUUUUAAUUUAUAGGUACCUUUUUUGUAUUAUUGAAACAUUUGUUAAUGUUUAUUUUUUGCAAGGAUGUUCUACCUAAACUGAACCAGCAAUAACACAUGCCUUCCUGGGUUUUGUGAUGUUUACUUCUUUUAGUUAUUAACUAAGUAUUAAGUGAAAUAUUAUCUGCUUUCGUCGCCACGUGCUAGUUGCCGCCAUUAGAAAGGCUGGACGUUAUAACAGCCACAGAUGUAUCUGCGUCCUCCUAUGAUACGGUGCCUCGAUAUUAUAUGCAAAGUGCUUCAGUGCUUUAUAAACUGUUUGUGACUGUACACAUGGUCCUUGUGGGAAUCGUUUUGCUAAACAUUGAAAACAAUCUAGAUCAAAGGAGACUGAACUAGAUGUUCAAAUCCAGCAGUAGAUGGAAAAAAUAAUCCAAAGUCGCUUAGACAAAGGCUGCACAUUAACUCAUUAGAGGAGGACUGGGCUUUCAAGUGCUAUUAGCAAUUACUAAAAAGUGUAUUUGCCAAGUAGAAGUGCUGUUUGUUAUAACAGAAACAUGCAUUUUUAGUUUUUCUAAUAUUUUUCCUUCUUUAAUGAAUGUUGCAGUGACCUGUAACAAAUGGGCACUUUCUCCAGUUAGAUGAGGUUUAGGGUUUGCACAUGCUCCAGGAAGGAUACAAUAAAAAUGCCACCGUGCAUUUUUAUUCCUUAACUUUACUUGUCAUUGUAUUUGCCAUAUUAUUUCAUACUCAUUGUAGCAAAAAAACAUAAAGACGAGGCUCGAGCAGCAGAACUGGGGUGGUGAAGGGAAAAGUGGGAUUUUGCCGAGCAAUCUACGGUGACUUGUGCAAUGAUUUACAGUAUUUUAAGUGUACAGUCUGGAUGUUUGGUGCUUGAAUAACAGCAAAGAAUGACCAUUGUAUAAAAAUAAUAUUUUACAUUGAUGCUUGACUGGUCUCAAGCAUGGUCAGCAAAUUAUUUUUUAUUGUACAGUAAUGAGAGUCGUACCUGAACUGUUGUUACUUUCCUUUGGGGGUCCAUCUCUUAGGGGUUUUGCUCUGUAGUGAUUGAGUUAUGAGAAGGAAGGAAGAUCCAGGAGAGACUUUCGGUGGAUUUAUGUUUUUUUUUAAGAUACAUGAAAAGUAGGUCCGUUGAGAAAAGUAUUUGAAAACCACUCACUGAUAAUUUCACACCAAAAUAAGACAAUUAAACAAUUGUACAUUCAUGGUUAUGGACGUAAUCAGACAAAGCUACAAGCUGCAACACCGAUUCUGUUCUGCUUCUAGUCGCUUUAAUGUUAAGCCACAUUUCACUCAUGUUUUAUAAAGAAAAUGACAGUACCAACGAGAAAAGAGACAAAUUUAAAUACACUUAAAAUUGUAUUGUUUGGUAUAAUGUGUGUGAAGAAGGUACAGUGCAAAGCGAAGUGUGGUAUGAUGGUGUCAGUAUUGUAAUCUUAUUUACUUUUUUGCAAUGUAUUUUUCAUUACAUUGAGUCUCCUUUUACUCAAGUCAAUAAAAGUUUUUGAUUUUUCA